UCUGCGUGGAGUGGAACAACACACCCACAAGAGGCGCUCCCAACGGGCGGAAAAUCACUCUUUCGCCCCGACCGCGCCGACCCAAACCAGAACCCCUAUUUUUUGUAGGGUGUAAAACUUAUUUGCAAGCAUAUCUAAUCUAAAACAUGCCUAAAGUGUCAUUCAGACUGAUGUUCACAAAACACCUGAGAUUAGUUUCUUAUAAUUUGUGCAGGCGAACAAUGGCGAAAACAACUCUUGCUACUAAACACAGAAUCAUAUGGAUGGAUCUAGAGAUGACGGGAUUGGAUGACACCAAAGACAAAAUUCUUGAAGCUGCAUGUCUUGUUACUGAUGGAGAUCUGAAUCUUGUUGCUGAAGGUCCAAAUCUUAUAAUAUAUCAACCCGACACAGUGUUAGAUGCAAUGGGAGAAUGGUGCAAAAAAACACAUCGAGAGUCUGGUCUUACUGAAGCAUGUAGGAACAGUAAGAUAAGCAUUGAAGAUGCUCAGGAACAGAUUUUAAAUUUUGUUGAGCUUCAUACAAACCCAGGUGAAUGUCCAUUGGCUGGGAAUUCAAUUGGGGAAGACAAACGUUUUCUUCACAGGUAUAUGCCCAAACUGGUAAACCACCUCCAUUAUCGUAUAAUAGAUGUUUCAACAAUCAAGGAGCUUGGGAAGAGGUGGUACCCAGAUGCUAUGAAAAAUGUGCCAAAAAAAUCUCUAAAUCACAGAGCCAUGGAAGACAUCAAGGAAAGCCUAGCAGAACUGUGCUUUUACAAAGCAAAUCUUUUGAAAUAAAACAUUCUAUGUGCAACAGUUUACUACCUUUAUUCACACCCACCCAGAAACACAACUGUAAAUACACUGCACUUACUUUGCA